GACUGGAAGAUGAAGAAGCAGAGUGAUUAGAGUGAGUGAUUACUAGAAAUUAGGGUUGAGAGAGUGGAGAAGAAGGAGAUGGAGAUUGGUUUCUUGGGUUUGGGCAUCAUGGGAAAGGCCAUGGCAGUCAACCUCCUUCGUCAUGGCUUCAAAGUCACCGUCUGGAACCGCACACUCUCCAAGUGUGAGGAGUUGGCAGCAGAAGGUGCAUCUAUUGGAGAAACGCCAGCAGCUGUAAUAAAAAAGUGCAAGUAUACCAUUGCGAUGCUAUCUGAUCCCAGUGCUGCUCUUUCUGUAGUUUUUGACAAAGAUGGAGUUCUUGAGGUAAUUUGCGAUGGAAAGGGCUACAUUGACAUGUCAACCGUUGAUCCUGAUACUUCAUUGAAGAUCAGUGAGGCAAUUGAACAUAAGGGUGGAUAUUUCCUUGAAGCCCCUGUCUCUGGUAGUAAAAAACCUGCUGAAGAUGGUCAGCUGGUUAUCCUUGCUGCUGGAAAGAAGGAAUUAUACGAAGAAAUUAUUCCAGCCUUUGAUGUGUUAGGAAAGAAGUCUUUCUAUUUAGGUCAAGUUGGAAAUGGAGCAAAAAUGAAGCUCGUCGUAAACAUGAUUAUGGGCAGUAUGAUGAAUGCUUUUUCCGAGGGGCUUUGUCUGGCAGACAGAAGCGGACUGAACUGCCAGACACUUCUGGAUGUACUGGAUCUGGGUGGCAUUGCUAAUCCAAUGUUCAAGAUGAAAGGCCCUACUAUGUUACAGAGUAGUUACUCUCCGGCAUUCCCUCUAAAACACCAGCAGAAGGAUAUGAGACUAGCACUUGCUCUUGGUGAUGAAAAUGCAGUGUCAAUGCCUGUUGCUGCUGCUGCCAACGAGGCAUUUAAGAAAGCCAGAAGCCUGGGACUUGGAGACCUUGAUUUCUCAGCAGUGUAUGAAGCUGUGAAGGUGGCAGAGGGCUCAGCAAGUGGUACUAAAUAAUUCCAUCUUUGAAAUAACUUUGACAUUUUGCUACCAUCAAUGGAACCAGAAUGAAUGCACUUCCUUUGAACAUGAAAAACCAGUAAUUUGAUAUCAUUUGAAGUCUUUUUAGAAUGGCUAGAAA